CACAUCUUCAGAAAUCAUGUCAGUAUCGCUUAAUUCUCAAUCGGUUCGUGUUGGGAUCAACGGCUUUGGUCGCAUGGGUCGUCUCUUUUGCAGAGCCCUUUUCAAUGCAUUGGACGCUACCCAGAGCAACAUUGAAAUCGUCCAUGUGAACGAAAUUAAAGGAGAUCUUUAUGUUGCAGCCCACCUCUUAAAGUUCGAUAGCAUCAAAGGUAUAUGGCCUCAUGAUGUGUCAACGGACAAUGGCGACAUUCUAGUCGACGGCCAUCGCAUCAAGUUUACCGAAUACAGCACGCCUGCUGAAAUUCCGUGGGAGCAAAGCAAGGUCGAUGUUGUCGUAGAAUGCAGUGGAAAGUUCUUGACCAAACUUGCACUUGCACCUCAUUUCGACCAUGGAGUUAAAAAAGUCGUAGUGUCGAGUCCGGUUAAGGAAGAUGGCGUGUUGAACAUUGUUAUGGGCGUCAAUGACAAUCUCUACGACCCCGCCAAAUUUGAUAUCGUCACUGCAGCAUCAUGCACAACCAACUGUCUGGCUCCCAUUGUGAAAGUGAUCCAUGAAUCUUUGGGAAUUGUUCAAGGGACAAUGACAACGAUUCACUGUGUGACAAACACACAAACUGUCGUGGACGCUCCUCACAAGGACCUCCGCCGUGCUCGGAGUUGCUUGACGUCUCUCGUUCCCACUACAACUGGAUCAGCCACUGCCAUCACGGUUAUUUUCCCAGAAUUAAAAGGCAAACUGAACGGUAUGGCUGUCCGUGUUCCCUUGCUGAACGCUUCCUUGACGGACGCCGUCUUCCGAGUAUCUCGGUCGACAUCUGUCGAAGAGGUCAACGCCCUCCUUGCAGAUGCUGCCAACGGCAGCUUGAAAGGGACUUUGGGCUUUGAAACUCGUCCUCUAGUCAGCGAGGACUUUCGGAAUGACCCUCGUGCUAGCAUAGUGGAUGCGCUCUCAACGAUGGUGAUAGACGAAACUAUGGUGAAAGUCAUUGGGUGGUAUGAUAACGAAUGGGGAUACGUUAAUCAGAUGCUCAAGAUCACUCUCAAGGUUGUUAAAGCGCUUUAGGUCAUCAAUUACCGAGCUACCAUAUUGUGGUCAAAUUUAAGAUUGUUUUGUCAAAAUGAAAGGACGCCUUUUUACUAUUAGACAACCUUAAUGUGAUUAUGGGAUCCGCUUUGAGAAAUCCCUCUCCCGCGGUCCAGAUAUACCAUAUGUGUAGUUCUGAGAAUUUCGCAACAUUAUUCGCAGCAUCUGUUCACACA